AUGAAUAUUCAUGAAAAUCAACAAGACCCACUCUCAAGUACAUCAAAAUUUGUCACUGGUGGAGAAAUUAUUACAGAAGAAACUCCUCUAACAAAUAUUCAAACGAAUGAAGAAGUUAUACCAUUUAUGAUUUCAGAAGUUUAUGAUUGGAAUACAAGUUUAAUCAGUCAAAUUUGUCGUGAAGGUGAUAUAUAUCGUUUACGUCUAUUUAUUGAAUAUAGUCGACAAAUGUUAAGUUGUGCUGAACAUGCAAGUCAAAUAGCUGAUCGACUUGAUAUUGAUACUGGUCUUUCACCAUUACAUCAUGCUGCUCGUAAUCAACAAUUACAUAUUUGUUUAAUGCUUUUAUCGAAUAUUAAAUUUGUAUUUGGUGCUAAUAUAAAAGAUGAAAAUGAUCGGACACCAAUGCAUUCAGCAUUUCGUUCAUCAAAUAAAAUUUCAAAUAUAGAAAAUCAAUUUAUAAUUGAAACUGAUUUUGGAAAUCAAAUACAAGAUUUUCAAAUUUGGCAACAAGAAUAUAUUGAACAAAUUCUUCCAAGUGAUCAUCCGAUUAUUUAUUUAUUUGCUAAAACUAAUGGAGAUGUAAAUGUACGUGAUAAAUUUCUUCUUACACCACUUCAUUAUGCUGUAGCAAAUCAAAAUUUAGCUGGUGUUAAACAAUUGAUUAAAUUAAAGGCAGAUAUUGAAUCCCAAGAUCGACAAGGAAUUCGUCCAUUACAUUUAGCAUGUAAAGAAGGCUAUUUAUCAAUUGUCGAAUAUUUAAUUGAACAAGGUACAACAAUUGAUGCCAUUGAUGCUGAUUUUUGGACACCAAUACACUAUGCAUGUUCGCAUGGAUAUUUAGAUAUUGUUAAAUUAAUUUAUUCAAAAGAAAAACAUUUUUUUCGAAAAUUUCUCCUUAGGAAAACAAAUUCAGAUGCAACAUGUUUACAUUUAGCAGUACAAAGUGGAAAUAUUGAAUUAGUUGAAUAUAUUAUAUCGAAUUUUACAAGUGAUAUUAUAAAAUUAUUAAUUAAUCAACAAGCAGAACCAUUUGGUACUCCUUUACAUAUAGCAGCUAAAUUCUGUGAUCCAUCUAUGAUUCGUCUCCUAUAUCAUAAUGGAGCUGAUCCAUCAAUAUUAAAUUCAAAUAAACAAUCUUCACUUCAUAUAGCAUGUGCAUCAAAUCGUUUUCCCAUUGUUCAAGAAUUCUAUAACCUUACACAAUCAUCUAUUUUAGAAAUAAAAGAUAAACAUGGUCAAACAGCUCUAUCAGUUACCACUCAUCUUGAUAUUAUCGAUCAAUUAAUUACAUUUGGUGCUGAUAUUUCAAGUCUUGAUAAUAAUGAUAUGAAUGCAAUAAUGAUUGCUGUAUCAAAUGGUCAAACUAAUAUUGUCAAUCGUUUAUUAUCUGCUAUUAAUCAUCAAUUAUUAUCAAUACUUGAUCAAAUAGAAAAUAAAAAUCAACGUUCAAUAUUUUUAAUUGCUGUUCAAACUGGUUCUAUCGAAAUGUGUUCAUUAUUAUUAACUCAUCCAUGUAUUCGUUGGGAUACAAUUGAUAAACAACGUAUGAAUGCAUUUCAUAUAGCUGCACGGAAUAAUCAUUAUGAAUUAAUUACAUUUCUUUGUAAUCAUAUUCAACAAUCAGCUAGAUUACAGUCAAUGAGAAGCCAUAGUAACUCUAUUACAACAAUAAUUGAUUCUGAUCGAUCUAACAUUGAACAAAUAUCAUCUAUUUUACAUUUAUAUAUUGAUGCACAAAAUGAAGAUGGAAAAACUCCAUUACAUUUAGCAUCUGAACAAGGUCAUAUAUCAUCUAUAGAAAUACUUCUUAAAUAUGGUGCUAAUGCUUUAAUUGAAAAUUAUCUUGGUCAAUUACCACUUCAUGUUGCUGCACAAAAUGGACACAGUCAAUGUGUCGGUUUAUUAAUAAAAGUUUGUACAAAAUAUAUGACUGAAUUGCAAUCGCUUUUAUCCAGAAGACAAUUACCAAUAAUGAUUGCUUGCCAAUAUGGUUUUGUUGAUAUUGUUAAACUUUUAAUUUCUCAAAAUAUUGGAAUUAAUUAUGAAUUAAAUUCUAAUGAUAAUAAAGAAGAAAAUCCACUAGAAAUUGCAAUAAAAUAUCGACAACAUGAAACAGUACAUGUACUUUUAGAACAGGUAGAAAGUGAACAAUGGCUUAUGUCAAUAAGAAAUUCGAAUAAAAAUAUUCAUCAAACACCAUUAAGAGAUUUAAUUCGAUAUAUGCCUGAUUGUGCACAACAUGCUUUUGAUAAAUUCAUAUUAAAAACAAAUGAAAUCAAUGAUUUUGGAACUAUACUUCAACGAACAACAUAUAAAUAUGAAUAUAUUGAUGAUUAUUUUAUAAAUAAUAAUAAAUUAUAUACAACAAGCAGUCGUCAACUUUAUCGUAAUCAUCCAUUAAUAAUUGCUCUUGAUAGUGAACAUUAUUACUUACUUGAACAUCCUCUUGCUAAACAAUUAAUGUUACGUAAGUGGAAAUUAUAUCGUCCAUUUUUUUAUUUUCCACGAAUAUUAUCUUUUUUACUUUUACUUAUUUUAACAUUCUAUGUUCUUAUUAUACCUGCACCAAAUAUAAUAUCAUCAUCAUCAUCAUCAUCAUCAAAAUAUAUUUCAUUAUCUUCAAUAGUUAAUUUAACAAUUCGAUGGAUUAUUAUUAUAUUAUCAAUAAUAAAUUUAUUGAAAAUAUUCUUAGAAAUAAUACUUUUUCGUGGCUUACGUGUACCAUUUGUACAAUUAUUUGGAUUAAUAUCAUUUCUUUCAUCAAUCAUAGCUUUUAUACCUUAUAAAAGUGAAAUAAAUAAUAAUAUUACUUCUUGGCAAUGGCAAUUAACAUCAUUUUCAAUAUUAUUUCAAUGGUUUAAUAUAGCUGUUAUACUUCGUUCAGUACCAAUGUUUGGAAAUUUUUUUGUUAUGAUUGAAUCAAUAUUGAUGAAAUUUACAGUAUUAUUAUUUGUUAUGCUUCCAUUACUUAUUGCAUUCACAAUAUCAACAAAAAUGAUAUUUUUUAAUCAAGCAGCAUUCAUAACCGUAACAAGAGCUAUACAUAAAUCAUCAUCAAUGAUUGUUGGAGAAUUUGAUUAUGAAGCAUUAUUUUUUUCUAAAUCAACAUUUACAGCUGCAGUAUUAUUAUUUAUACCAUUUAUUGUUAUAAUGACUAUUGUUUUUAUGAAUCUUUUAUUAGGAAUAGCAAUUGGUGAUAUAAAAAGUUCAAUGAAAAACGCACGAGCUAAAGCAAAUGCUUAUUGGAUUCGUGAACUGAUUUAUAUUGAAUCAACAUUACCAAGUAAAACAUGGUUAAAACAUAAUAUAGUCGAAUACGAAAGUACUGAGCAUCAUUUAGAAGCUUCAAUUCAUAAUAGUGCAGAUAAACAAGAUGAAAAUGAAGCUUUAGUAAAUCAAUCAUAUAAAAGUGAACUUAGAAAAUUGUACGAUAUUCUGGAUAUGUUAUGUACACAAGCAAAACAAAUUUUAGAUUAUGAAAUUAAUUUAGAACAAAUGCUUAAACAAUUAUUAGCAGUAAAAAAAACUUAA